AUGGCAGAACCUUGUCAAUACGUGAGACUGAGAGUGGGGUCGUCAGUGAGAGGCCAAGGACUGUGUCUGAGAAUUCUACCCUCGGCCGUGAAAAUCUUGCUAAAUCCUAUCCAGCAUAAACGAGAAGAGACGAAAUGUGCCAUAGAACUGAUCAACACGCUUGAGCUCCAUGGCCCCAAACGACCUUCAGACAAUAUCUUUGGAAACGAAACAUGGCUUUCCUUUUCUGGAACUCCAGCAACACAGCUGAAUUGCAUUCUUUGUGUGAGCGCGGUGGUGUGGGAGACUACCUGGGCCUACCCGAGUUAUCAAGAACAGGUGCCCAACGGGAACAACGUCCCUCACCCGUGUAAGGUCAACUACCGCUGGCCAGGACUCGGACACGAGAACCCGCUAGGGGGCGGGGCCAGGAACGUCUUCGGACAGGACUUUGCCCGGCUUGGACGUACGUGGAACCAGGAGCUGUGUCGUCUGGACUCUGACGGUGACGGGAAGACCAAUGGAGAAGAACUGGGGGAUCCCAACUGUACCUGGAGGUCUGGACAGAUCCCACAGAGCACCACAGGCAUUACACAUCCAGGUGUUUGUGAGCCCCAUGACAGCGACCUCUGCCGUUACAGGAACGAGUUCUUGAACUGUGAAGUGGACCAGUUCGAAUCCUGCGACGCUAUCAACAACCCAGAGGUCAUGUCUAUCGACUUCCGGUUCACUGAGACCAAAGUCCCCGCCACAGAGACCAACUACUUCUGUAUGACCUUUGACCUGCCCACUGACCAGGACUACCACAUCAUCGCCUACGAGCCGCUCAUAGACAACGCCAACGUCCUUCAUCACAUUCUGCUUUAUGGCUGCAGCGAUCGCGAGAGCCGGGUGGAGCAGAUCGGAACAUGCCCCGGUGACUGUACAAGCGUGCUCUUCGCUAAACCCGCCUACAUCAUCAGUGCACUCAACCACAUGCACUAUCUUGGUCGUUCUAUGAAGAUUGAGCUGUUCAGGGAAGGAAGGUUGAUCAAGGAGCUCACCAAUGAAGAAUACUACAGCUACGACAAUCCCAUUCAGCAUGACCAAAAGCCCCCGGUUCAAAUCCUGCCCGGGGACGAGAUCAAGACAACGUGUGUGUUCAACUCUCUCUCCUCUGACCGCUGGGUCUACUAUGGCGACGGUACCAACGACGAGAUGUGUUUUGGCUUCUUGACCAUAUACCCCAGGGACGCUGUGCCUUACAUUGACUCUUGUGUGAGUUUUGGUCCCGCCUCCACGUGUGAGCUCUAUGGUCAGCAAAAACCAGUGUUCAACGGGUCAAAUAUGGAGCUCACUGACCAGCCUGUAAGAAAUCCUAUACAGCAUAGAGUAGAGGCACAGCAGCCACCCUGGUGGAAUGAAGAGACUGGGGCAUUGUGGAAGAUCAAACGCCAGGCGCUGAGAAGACACGAGAGGAACAGGUCAAACGUGCAGCUGAAAGCUGAGAAAAAGCUAGCAGAUCUCAGAUUCGAUGAGGCAGCAAAAGAAGCCAAAGACCUAGCAUAUGACAACUUCUGCCAUGGCAUGAACAGCGACAGGGCCCUGUAUCAGUUUUGGAACUUCUACAGUCACCUGUCCCCAGUUCCUAAGCCAGACAAGGACCCAAGCAAGAUUGCCUCAUAUCGCAUAGUGACCAUGCAAAAUAUCGUCGGGAAGCUGCUGGAGAAAAUCGUGGCACACAGAUUGGCAAUAGAGCUGGAGGAAAAGAACGUCCUACCGCCGGAACUGGGCAGCUAUAGAAGCUAUAGAAGAGGAAAAAUCACAUGGAUGAAUGCUGCCACUUUUGCAUCCGACGUGUAUGAUGGCUUCGAACGGCUGGGCUUCACAACCAACGAGAUCACACCAGGCUUACCACAGGGAUCUGCACUCUCGCCGGUUCUGUUCAACGUCUAUACAAUUGGGGUAACAUUCAACCAGCAGGAAGGGCCCGGACGUGUGCUCAGUUUUGCUGAUGAUGUGCUGGUGUACAGGCAAGGCAAGAACCACCAGAUUACAGCACCUGAAUGCCGAGAAAUUACAGACGACCUGAAGAAACACCCGUGCUUUCAAGGAGAGGUCGGUGACCUCGUGAACUCUCUCCUGGCGGAGUACCACGAAGGGGCAGAGUUCCUUGGACGAAUCCACUCUUGUCCUGCACGGAGCCAGUAUCCAAGCGGAGAGGUAGAUUGCCGUAGUCAGUGCGCAGACAUCUGCUACAAUGACGUCAGAGACAGCGCCCCCGGAAAUGCCGCCAUGUUGUGGCUGGUUUCCUCAACGUUUGUGUUUGCCCGUCUCAUUAGUGUGUUGUAAAUCUUCCAAAUGUGCGGGAACGAGGCAGACAUACACAUGGGUGAUAACUGCGUGGAUUCAAAAUAACGCCUUAUAUAUCGGGUUAUUCCCCUCUCGCGUUGCUUUAUAAUAAUAUUAUAAUAGUAUUAUAUUCGUGAGCGACUGAGAACUUUAUUGAUCUCGCGGAAUUGACUUUUGUGUUCACAAAACCCUUCCCAGCACACUCCCAAACAGAAAAACUUUUAAAAAUAAACUUUAUACCUACUUUCA